GAUGGCGGCGGCGCCGGUAGUUGAGGCGGCGAACGGCCUGUCAGAGCGGAGGCCUUGGUAGUCGCGGCGUCACCGCUGUCAUGGACCUGCGCCUGGCCGUGUACAACGCGGCUCGGGAGGGGAAGCUGAAGCUGCUGCAGAAGCUGCUGGGCGGCCGCGGCCGGGAGGAGCGUCAGCGUCUGGCGGCGGGCCCGGGCGGCGCGGAAGGCCCGCCGUUGCUGAUCGCUUCCCGCCACGGUCACCGCGAGGUGGUGGAGUACCUGGUGGACCACUGCGGCGCGCGGGUGGGCACGGGCGGGUCGGUGCGCUUCGACGGGGAGACUAUCGAAGGGGCUCCGCCGUUGUGGGCCGCCGCCGCCGCCGGGCACCUGCCGGUGGUGAGGAGCCUGCUGGAGCGCGGCGCCUGCGUCAACCAGACCACGCUGACCAACUCGACGCCGCUGCGGGCGGCCUGCUUCGACGGGCACCUGGCCGUGGUGCGCUACCUGGUGGGGGAGUGCGGGGCCGACCUCGAGGUGGCCAACAGGCACGGCCACACCUGCCUGAUGAUCGCCUGCUACAAGGGCCACACCGACAUCGCCCGCUACCUGCUGGAGCGGGGUGCCGAGGUCAACCGCCGCAGCCUGAAGGGCAACACGGCCCUGCACGACUGUGCCGAGUCCGGCAGCCUGGAGAUCCUUCGCCUGCUGUUGGCUGGCCAGGCACGGAUGGAGCGGGAUGGCUACGGCAUGACCCCGCUGCUGGCCGCCAGCGUCACCGGGCACGCCAACAUCGUGGAGUUCCUCAUCCGGGGUGCGCUUGAAGUACCCCAAAGCCAGGACGCCGAGGAAGAGGAGAAGGAGGAUCGGGAAGAAGAGGAGGAGGAGGACGAUGAGACGGGUGGAUCCCACGUCUACUGCACCCGAGAGGCCGCGGUGGAGGCGUUGGAGCUGCUGGGUGCCACCAUGGUGGACAAGAAGCGCGACCUGCUAGGCGCCAUGAAGCACUGGUGCCGGGCGAUGGAGCUGCGUCUCCGAGGAGGCGAGGCCCUCUCUAAGGCGGAGCCUCGGCAGCGGGUGCUGGCUUAUGACUAUGCCCAAGAAGUGAGCAGCAUGGAGGAGCUGGAAUCGCUCAUCACAGAUCCGGAUGAGAUGAGGAUGCAGGCUUUGUUGAUCCGAGAGCGUAUCCUGGGACCGUCUCACCCGGAUACCUCGUAUUAUAUCCGCUACCGGGGGGCCGUUUACGCCGAUUCAGGCAACUUUGAGCGGUGCAUUAACCUGUGGAAGUACGCCUUGGACAUGCAGCAGGGCAACCUGGAGCCCUUGAGCCCCAUGACGGCCAGCAGCUUCCUCUCCUUUGCCGAGCUCUUCUCGUACGUGCUGCAGGACCGCUCGAAGGGCGCCUUAGGGACUCAGCUGGGUUUCUCUGACCUCAUGGUGGUUCUGAGCAAAGGGGUCCGCGAGGUCGAGAGGGCCCUCCAGCAUCGGAAGGACCCGGUGGCCGACGCUUCCCCGUUCACCAAAGCCUUGGCCAUCAUCCUCCACUUGGUCUUUUUGCUGGAAAAAGUGGAGUGCGUUCCCGAGCAGGAGCACCAGAAGCGCCAAACCAUCUACCGCUUGCUGAAGUGUCACCCGCGAGGCAAGAACGGCUUCACCCCAUUGCACAUGGCGGCGGACAAGGACACCACCACGGUGGGCCGCUACCCGGUGGGGAAAUUCCCCUCACUCCACGUGGUGAACCUCCUGCUAGAGUGCGGGGCCGACCCGGACAGCCGGGAUUAUGACAACAACACCCCGCUGCACGUGGCUGCCCGGAACAAUUGCCCCCUCAUCAUGACCGCCCUAAUGGAGGCAGGAGCUCACAUGGAUGCCACCAACGCUUUCAAACAGACAGCCUACGAGCUCCUGGACGAGAAGCAGCUCACCAAGGCCAUGAUGCAGCCUUUUAAUUAUAUCACCUUACAGUGCCUUGCGGCCCGAGCGCUGGAUAAACACAAGAUCCCUUAUAAGGGUUUUAUCCCUGAAGAGUUGGAAGCCUUCAUUGAGCUGCAUUAGCCAAGGAGGACUCUCUACUCCCUACCGGUCUCUUCCUAAACCCGCUGGGACUGGCCGGGAGGGGACUUGGAUUCGCAGUCUUCCUGGGGUCUGGAUUUGAAAAGCUUUGGUUUGCACUUGGCCAGGUUAUGUGGUCUCCGUCUUGCUUCUGUCCAGCCCCUGACAUGGAGAAGUCGUCUUUUGCCCAAACGCACGUGGCCUCACUAUCUGGGAUCUUCUUGGGUAGAUGAACAGGCUCUACUGCAGUGUUGCUCAACUUUGGCCACGUUAAGAUAGGUGGACUUCAACUCCCAGAAUUCCCCAGCCAGCUAUGCUGGCUGGGGAAUUCUGGGGGUUGAAGUCCACUCUUCUUAAAGUGGCUAAGGUUGAGAGACUAUGUUGCCCUUACUCCUCUAUGGAUCUGUCCCUAAUCUGUUUUUGAAAGUCCCCUCAUAUUUUUUCUCUCCCUGGCCUUCCAAAGCCAAGGAGUUGAAUUUAGCCCCCUUCUCACUUUACAUUAAUUGCCCCAACUGCCCCCCCAAAAAUUGGCAAGAUUCAGCUUUCUGGAACUUUUCUAGGGCCCCCAAGAAAACCUCCAGGGCUGACCCAUUGCUCCAAAGUUCCUCCAGUCUUUUUUUCAGUUUUCCCCAUUUUUUUGUGUGUGUUCCUGUGAGAAGCGGGGGAAAUAAGGGGCUGGCGGAUCUGAUUGUGUGACCGGCUCAACGGUGGCCACGCGCGAGAUAGAUGAAUGUUUUGCAUGGCCUGCUUUCAGCUUGCAUGUUGGUUGAGCUUUUUUAAGUUCUUCCAUUUUGCACCCUUUUGGAAGACUUAAGGAUGGACGGAGGCAAACCCACCAAGUCUUAACAAUGUUCUUUUGUUCAGAUCAGCCUUGGAACUUAAGGUGGGCGGGGGGGGGGGGGGUUUCUUCAUUUUGAACAGUCUAUUUGCUUCUCUGCAUGGUUGACCCAAGCUGGGUGCAGUGAGGUUUGAUUUUUGAUGGCUGUUUUCAAAGCUGGUGGUAAUAAUUGUAUCUUUAUUUGGCUGCUGGUUUUUCUUGUCAGCAGAGCGAGCCCUGCACUGUAGGCAGACCAGGCGGUAAAAGGUUCCCCAGAUUGUGAAAUUUAAUCAAGCCAUUUAUUUUUCCCGCUCCAGAAAAGAGAAAACGGGGUAUGGGUUUUUGACCCAAUCACUGGCAAAAAACGGUUCAUUUACAUCAGAGGUCUCCAAACUUGACCACUUUAAGACUGUUGGACUUAAACCCCCAGAAUUCCUUAACCAGCCUGCUGACUAAGGAAUUCUGGGAGUUGAAGUCCAUAAGUCUUAAAGUGCCCAGUUUUUUAGACCCCUGAUUUAUGUCCUUUCAGCCAGGAUAGCCCCAUUUUUCUGGAAGAGCUUAGGGAACCGGAGGCGAUUGGGCAAUAUUGUCCAAAAUUAUCUCUUUGCGGCCUCUGUAAAGGUUAAGGAGCAAAUGCUUUUUAAAAUCUCCCAGAAACCAAAGAAAACCUAUAUACUGAAAACUUUUUGCACUGUGGGCCUGUCUAGGUAUACUUCCCAUUAAAAAUCAUGCCUAGUAACCCACCAAAUCGAGCGGAGGCGAGUGAAAUGCUUACACUGUGGCACCCCAGUUUCUUCACAUGUCCUCGCCUUCCUUAACUCUUCAGGGCAGGUGGGCAUCAAAUACCAGAGAUUUUAUUCACAUCUGCAAAAAGUGGGUUGUAACUUGAAUUCUUAGUAUUAGUCACUUCAAUCCCCCCCCCUUUGGCUUGGUUAUCAAUGAUAUUUUUUUUAAUUAUGUAAAGGGCAGAAAUGGAUGUUGAAGGGUAGAAUGAAUACCUCACACACACACACACAGCCUUACUCAGCCAUGCUGAGUUGAUUCUCGUUGGUGUGUCCUGUAAAUUCUGUUCUAUGCAGACGGUGCAGGUGGGAUUGAGGCUGCAUCAGGCAAGAGAAAAAUGGUGGCAAGAUGGGUGUGUGGAUGGACGGAUAAAAAUGACUUGAAGGGAUUGGGGGACGGGUGUUUGCGUUUGAAUCUUGAAGGACCUUUCUUAGGUCUUUUCUCUCAGGGUCUACCUCACUCGCCAACAGUGUUAAUGGAUGAUGUUUGGAGCGGUUGUAAGUAAGGUGGCCAUGGCUGUUGAUAGUUGGAUCACCUUAACUUCAUAGCAGUGGGACAGGUGAAGGUCAGAGUAGGCUGAAGUAAAGGAGGCCCAGUAGAGUGCUGUCAUCAUCCUUGGUGCUUGCUCGUGUCCAGAUAGACCUUUUUUUUUCCAGAUCAAAGAAACCCAUCCUGCGAAUCUGGGGCUGUUUAGAAGCCCCCAGGAACUUUUAAGCGGGGUGGACUUCCGCAUGGCUGGCUGAGGAAUUCUGGGAGUUAGUCCACCCUUCUUAAAAGUUCCUGGACUUAAGGAAACACUGCUUCAGAGGUCUUCCUUCAAAAAGACUUGGUUAAAUGGCCUACCAGCCUCACAAAAGAGAGAAAUAAAAAAUCGAUCAGACCAAAAAGUUUCAGAAUGUAGAUCAUCAUUCUCUCUGGGGUGAACCUCCGUUGGAGGCAUCAUCUCAAUCGGAUGAUCUCCAUAAAUUAAGAGAUCGGUAUUCUCUUUGAAUCCAUCUCUAAAUGUUGUUCUGCUUUGAAGCAGAAGGGGGAGGGUGGAAACAGUACCAGCUGAUAACUGAGGAUGCCAAAAGAUGUUGCUUUGUUUUUCUCAUAGACGUCAAAGGAGCAAACGCCUCCCUAAAGGCUCUGGAUUCCUGGUUUGGGCAGGGUGGAGCAGCAAAUGGCCUAUAUUUGGUGUUUGGAUGUGGAUGUGUUUGGAAGCUAGGAGGUGAUUUUGGAGAAUCAUUUCUGCAUCUUCACACAGCGCAGGGAUAAGAAGAAGCAGAGGUCUUAAAUUGCCUUGCAUAGUUUUUCAACCUCUGCAGCUUUAAGAUGCUUGGACUUCAACUCCCAGAAUUUCCCAGCCAGCACAGCAGUGCUGGCUGGGGAAUUCUGGGAGUUGAAGUCCAAUCAUAAAGCUGUAGAGGUUGAGAAAUUGCUGGUUUAGGGGCUCAAGAGAACUACAGAAACCUCAGGGUAUUUUUUUUUUCCCUCCGUGGAUUUUGCAGCUUUGCAUUUUUGCAGUGUUAAAAGCAAACAACGGGAUAUUAGCAGGUAAAGCAAAAGAAGUUUCAGGUUACCAUUUUCUUUUCUUUUCUUUUUUGGUUUUGUUGCAAAGAAUGGGGUUGAUUUGGCAAUUGUGGCAGA